AUGAGUGAGAAGUUAUUGAAAUUGUCUCCAUCCCAUCAGAGAAUUCACAACCAAUUUUAUAAGGCACUCUUGAUUCAGACAUUCGCCCCUUCCACGUUUCUGUUCACUCCCGUCUUCUUCAUGCUGUUCAUCCCAUAUGCUGACUUACACUUCAGUUUUCCAUCCGUCAUUUUUGCGAGUGGAUUCACAGUAUACCCAGCUAUCGACUCCAUUUGCAUCAUGCUUUGUGUUUCAGAAUAUGGAAAAUGUUUCAAGAGUGAGUUACUUAAGUUAAUGGGUUCAGAUAAGUAUCUGGAUGUUGAACCAGAUGAACUACAUCAUAAUUAA